AGUCAGCUGUUGUUUUUUUUUUUGCAAUUGUUUACAUCUUUUUCAAUAUUUGAACAAAUUUUCAAACUUUUUUCGCUAAACUUACAAAAUAUCCAACAAAAUGUUUCCUAUAUCCUUAAAAUCAUUAAGUGAUCAAGAACGUCACGAUUACAUAUUGAAAACGUUUAUAUUAAACAAAAACUAUACAGCCGAAAAACGAAAACAUAAACGUGACAUCGAUGUCAUACGUGAACAUCAUCGUUUUUUAUGGGAUGAAGACAACGAUGCUGCCGCUGAAGAUUCCUGGGAAGUGCGUUUAGCUAAACGUUAUUAUGAUAAACUCUUCAAAGAAUACUGUAUUGCCGAUCUCAGUCGUCAUAAGGAAAAUAAGGUGGCAUUACGUUGGCGUACAGAAGCAGAAGUAGUAGCUGGUGUUGGGCAAUUCCAGUGCGGCAGUCGUAAAUGUUUGGAAAAGGAACAUUUACGCAGUUGGGAAGUAAAUUUUGCCUAUCAGGAACAGGGUGAACGUAAAAAUGCUUUAGUUAAAUUGCGUCUGUGUCCCGAACAUUCAGAACAAUUGAAUUAUACAUCCAAGAAACGUGAAGUAAAACGCCUCAAGCAUAUGGAACGUCAACAGAUGAAAGAAGCUAAGCGAGAAAAACGUAAAUCUUUGAAAACUAAAAAAAGACAUAGAACUGAAAGUGAUGGAGAUGUUGAAGGAGACGAAUUGCAAAGUGAAGAGGAAGUCAAUAAUGUUAUGGAAGAAGUAAUGGAAAAACAUAAUGAGGAAUUAGAAGAGUCCACAAGAUUGGAUAAUAGUAAAGGAGAAGAAGAGGAAAUGCAGGCGUCCGAAGAUGUUUGGAAUAAAAAACCGGAUAUUGAAGUUGAACCUGUUAGUAGAGAAUCUGAAUUUCAACGUUAUUUAGAAGAUUUACUAUUGUAAAUUUAAAAAGUUAGACAUAAAGAUAAAAAAUUGUUAAUAAUUGAUAAACUCAAGAUGUAAAGAUUUGUAUUAAAAUUUGAUUAAGUUAAAGAUACUUUCUACAUCUUUGUUGAAUAUUGUUCAAUAGAUGGCGCCGAUUUAUUACUUUUACUUUUUUAUUACUUUUUCAAUAGAAAUUCAAUAAAACAAACAGAUAACUUAAUA